AUCAAACAUGGCGGCGCCCAUGGAGGAAAAUGUGAGCGUGAUAACAGGUGAUGAAUUCAGACAGAUGGACCCAAUUCAUUUCAAAAGUAUUAUCUACAAACGUGUUAGAAUAUGUGCGGUCACGGAAUAUCAAUAUGAGGGAUGGAUUUAUACUAUAGAUCCAGUUUCACAAAGCAUCAUCUUGGCUCAAUGCGAAAGCCACUCACCAGAUGGACAGCUCCCUCUAUCUGUCAUUAUGGGACACAGCAUUACCGACAUCACCGUUCUAGACAAUGAUACAACCAAACACAAAGCUUUACUGGAUGGACUCUUCAAAGGUGACACCCAGACUCAGUCCCUGUCUGCGGGUGAACUAGCGAGCCAAAAAGAGAAACUGAAGGAAUGGCUGAAACUUCACAGGGUACCAGUCAAAGAAUGUGGAGAAGACAAUGACUCCUUGAGUAUAUCGGAUGUACUGGUGAUUGAGCCUCCGUAUGAACCCGACAACUGCCUGUGCAAGAACGAGAUCAUCUUGGCUCGUGUGCAGGCUCUCAUAAGGAACAUGGCAGAUGCAACGUGACAUUGGACUGAAGGAUGUCCUGGUGCGUCUUAGGUCUUAAUGGCAUUUUUUGGACAGAAAACUGCAUUUGCAAGAAUAUUAUGUGUACUGUAUAAAGGAACAUGACGCAUGCAACAUGACAUUGACUUGAAGAAUUCCAAGUACACAUGUAUAUUUGUAUAUUUUAUGAGGUGAUCAAUGAUUUGGACAAAAACUGCAUGAAUGGGAUCAUCAAAGCAUGUGUGCAGGCGUUCAUAAGAAGCAUUGCAGAUGCAACGUUACAUUGACUUAAAAAAAUUCCUCUUUGGAAGUCUUUAUGGUUGAUCAGGUGACUGAAAACAUUGACUUUAUAUUGUUAAAUUGCCUUACAUGUAUUAAACUGAACUGAAGUUUACAAUAUUGUUGAUCAGUACAUUUACUUAUUCACCCUCUAAAGUUUUAGUUUUAAAAUUUAAAUAAUACUCUUCUCUAUUCAAGAUUGGAAAUCCAGUUGACUAUCUUCCAUAACAGGUUUCAAAAAGAGGUAGUCUGCGAUUAGAUGAAGUAAAAGCUAGCGAACUUUCAUUGUAACUGCUUUCGGAUUAUGAUAGAAAGUUUAUUAAAUGAGGCCAUAAACUGUAUUCAAAAUGUAAACAUACUUUUCCAGAAAAAAAGUUUGCCCUAGACAUAAAAAACAAGAUUUGUCCCUGGUCUGACCUAACAAUGCUUACUAAAAUGUUGCUGAAUUAAAAAAAAAUGGAAAUGUUAAUAAUCUUAUGGAAGGGCAAAAAGAAUGCCUUUUCAUUACAUAAGCAUUAUACAUGCUCAUGUAGAAGUCGGGCCCAUUGCCAAGGGAGUAUAAACGUGUCGCACGACCAGAUGAGAACUGACAACAUUUUGCGCCAAAUAAAUCGCAAACGGCAUGCGUUUUGCGAGUGCUCGGUGUAGGAGGGGCCUGGAAGGGAUAUUAACAUGAAUGCUGUAUGAAAUAUAACCCUUUGUGUUUCUCUCUCUCCACUUUCAGUACCAAGUUGCCAAUACAAUAUGUACAAUAAUUGACAUCGCAAAGAGCCAGUGACUACUUGCUUGGUAUGGUUAAUGGAUUUGUAUUAAAUCAAAGUCUCAAGAUCACCUUUUUAUGCACUUCUUCUUUUUCUGAUCUCAAAUGAAACACACUCUGCUAGUACAUGUAUGUGUAUAUUUUGUUGAAUGCACUAUUGAUACUCUGGGUGAUUCCCCAAUGUAGUUAUUAUCACCUCAUCCAAAAUAAGGCCUUAUACAUUUGUAUUUCUUCAAGCAUUGCUAUUUCAAUAAACUACAUAUUUUAAGUAUA